CCGGCUUUGGUGAGCAGUGAGCGAACGUUUGCGUUAAACAAAGUACAAAGCGUUUUCUUAUCGCAAUUCAGUGCUGAAGAGUGUCUCCAAUAACAAAAACAAAAAUAUAAGAUACAGCGAAAAUGCCGUGCCCCUGUGGAACUGGUUGUAAAUGUGGCACCCAAGGCCAAGGCAGUUGCGGUUGCGGCAGCGGAUCCUGCCAAUGUGGCAGUGGCAAAGGUUGUUGCGGCAAAUAAAUUGGUGUGGCAGUAUUGAGUGCUACUUGCACUAUGUAGCACAGAGUGGAAUGUGUUGCUAAUAACCAUGAAUAAUCAAAUCCAUAUCCAUUUGUUAAACAUUCGAAAGAAAAUUAUUAGUAUUAAAUUCACCACAUUUUUUAGCAAUGUAAAUUAAAUUAUAGCUUACACAUUAGAUAUUUCAAUUAUGAAUGCGUAUGCAGUGCAUAUUUGGCCACAAUAAAUGUUUAUUUUGAAAAA